CCCCUCUCUCUCUCUCUCUGCAUCCCUCUUCUAGCCCCCUCCCUCCCUCAGUGUUCUCUACCUCCUGUUUCAGGUCUCUGUUCUCUUGGUGACUCUCCAGUCAGUUAGACAGACCUGCAUCUUCCUUCUUCUCUCUCUCUCUCUCUCUCUCUCUCUCCGUCUCUCUGAGAAGAUGAACAGAUGACUGUCUCUAUGUAAGAACGGAGGAGAAGAAUCGUUUGAUGGAUUUAAAGGAAAAUGCGAGCGUUGUGUGUCUUCACCUGUCUGAGUGUCUGCGUCUUCACUUCAGUUUGUCCUUUACAGAUGCAGUGUUAUCAGUGUGAGGAGAUGCAGCUGAAUGAUGACUGUUCCUCAGCGACCUUCAUCAGGAACUGUACAGCGAACAUUCAGGACGCCUGUCAGAAGGAGGUGAUGGAGAACACACACGGUGUGUUCUACCGGAAGGCGUGUGCGUCCUACACCACGUGUCUCAUCGCCUCAGCAGGAUAUCAGCGCUUCUGUUCUCCAGGUCGUAUUGGCUCUGUGUGCAUCAGCUGCUGUAACACCCCGUUGUGUAACGGGCCACGCCCACCACACACACACUCCACAGCAUACACACACACCUACACACACAGCCAUCACCUGCUCUACAUCCUCACGCUGUCUGCCAUGGCAACAACAACCCUCACACCCUGAGAGUUGGAGCUGAAACCCAAACUGGACAAAACUUUAAAGGACACGUUUGCAGCUGGAGGAAAUAAAUAAUGAAUAAAGUUACACACUGUUGGUGAUGAGGUUCAAAACUACGUGCUAAAUAAGAUCAAAGUUUUAAUAAAGAUACAAUUUAACAGUAUUGAUGUGAUUCAUGACUGACACAAUGGGGGGAAUUGUGAUUAUAGUGUGUGUGAUUGUAGUGUGUGUGUG